AUGUUUGAUGAUGUGAAGGAGCACACUUACAAACUGGCCAAGAAGAGUCUGACUCCCUCACAAACCGGUGCGAUCCUGAGAGACUCUCAUGGUGUUGCCCAAGUACGUUUUGUGACAGGUAAUAAAAUCUCGAGAAUCCUUAAGUCUAAAGGACUUGCUCCUGCUCUCCCUGAGGAUGUCUACCACUUAAUUAAGAAAGUGGUUGCUGUUCGAAAGCAUCUUGAGAGGAGCAGAAAGGACAAGGCUGCCAAGCUCCGCCUGAUCCUCACUGAGAGCUGGAUUCAUUGA